GAUGAUGACGAAGUGAAGGCUUCAGUCGGACGAGGAAACCCUGUUCCAUCAAAACCCUGGACGAGACCCUGCCUGAGGAGUUGCCUGCUGUCGAGGAGUUGACGGUUGUUCUACCAGAGGAGGCGGAGAUACUCCCCCUAGGAUCAGUCACCAGCAUCAUCCAGCAGCUGGUGAUCAUACAGUCAUUUAAGGACACGCCCCCUCUGAAGGACGACAGCGUCAUCUUCAACUCUGAUAGGCUGGCCGUGGGCAAGGUGUUUGAGGUGUUUGGGCCGGUCUCCAGUCCCUUCUAUGUGUUGAGGUUUAACUCGGAGAGCGACAUCACUGAGAGAGGAGUGAAGCUGAAGGACUCCAUGUUCUACGCCCCGUCGCUCACCGACUACACCCUGUACAUCCUCACUGAGCAGCUACGGCGGUUGAAAGGCUCCGACGCAUCCUGGAAGAAUGACCAGGAGCCUCCACCAGAGGCGUUGGACUUCAGUGAUGAUGAGGCAGAACAGAAGAUGAAAAGGAGGAAGAAGGGGAAUGUCCAGAAGAGUGAGAGAGAAAGAGGACAGAGAGCUGAUCCUCAACCAGACAGAGAUUCCGUCACCAGACCGCAGAUGUCCCAGAGGCCUUUGCAACAGAGUCGUCCACCCCGCCGUGACAACUGGGGUCCCCCACCCCGACACGAAGGGGCUCCAUUCUACCCACACCAGCCCCACUACCCCUACCCUCCCCCUACCAGCCCCAGUCCUUCCCUCUCUACCCUCCCCCUCCUCCCCCACAUGUCCUUCCCCUGUUUCUGUCCUUAA